AUGGAGGCAGCACGGCCAUAUGUGAAAGAGAUGGCAAGCAAGCACCAUCCACAUCUCGUGCGUCUCUUGGGAUAUUGUAUCGAUCUCGACCUCUCCACACGACUCAUGGAGCAGAUUCUUGUUUACGAGUUCAUGCCCAACAACGACCUUGAGAGCUGGAUCGGUCCUAAUGUCCCCCACCCUCUUUCGCUCUAUCAAAGGCUUGAAAUUCUGAUUGGAGUGGCAAAGGGGUUGCAGUAUCUUCAUGACUUCGGCAUUGUGCAUCGCGACAUCAAGCCCGCCAACAUCCUCCUCGAUGCAAGAAUGCAGGCCAAGAUUGCUGACUUCGGGCUUGUGAAGCUUAGUGGGGGCACCGCUAUGGGCACGUCUGUGGCUGCUACACGAGUGAUGGGAACACCAGGCUAUGUGGACCCUGCGUAUUUCAAGUCUCACAAGGCCACUCCAGCAGCAGAUAUUGGCACAGGUGAGCAGAUUGGCGCAGGUGAGCAGAUUGGCACAGGUGAUCAGAUUGGCACAGGUGAGCAGAUUGGCACAGGUGAGCAGAUUGGCACAGGUGAGCAGAUUGGCGCAGGUGAGCAGAUUGGCACAGGUGAACAGAUUGGCACAGGUGAGCAGAUUGGCACAGGUGAGCAGAUUGGCGCAGGUGAGCAGAUUGGCACAGGUGAGCAGAUUGGCACAGGUGAGCAGAUUGGCACAGGUGAGCAGAUUGGCACAGGUGAGCAGAUUGGCACAGGUGAGCAGAUUGGCGCAGGUGAGCAGAUUGGCACAGGUGAGCAGAUUGGCACAGGUGAGCAGAUUGGCACAGGUGAGCAGAUUGGCACAGGUGAGCAGAUUGGCACAGGUGAGCAGAUUGGCGCAGGUGAGCAGAGUAGUUUUGGCGUGGUGAUGCUGGUGGUUAUCACGGCACGCAAGGCUGUGCAUGUGACAGAGGAAAGCCAGAUCAAUCUCAAACAAUGGGUGACCCCGUUGGUGGACUCUGGUGCUGUAUUGGCGUUUAAGGACCCCCUCUUGGACGCACCACACGACUUGGUGCUGCGCUCGACUCGCCUUGCCCUCUCCUGCACCGCCAUGCCUGUGGCCUCCCGUCCCUCCAUGAAUCAAGUGCUGGGGGAGCUGGUGAAGUUGAAGCGGGAAGUGAUCGGAGCACAUGUGGGCAAUGCAAUAUCUUGCAUCGACAUGGAAAUUGAGAGUUCCAUUGGCUCCUCCGGCUUCACUGCUGAAUUGGCCCGUGCAGAACGAGAGGCCAUGCCAACUGGCUCUCUUAUUGAGUAG